CGCUAUCGUUUCCGUUUCGUCACAAUCGUGACUCGCACUCGCACUACGAUACACGGUGACUCGAGCACGCGUUUAUUCGUUUUCGAGGAUGUCUCGUAGCGCAACGUGAUUCUUUCUGAGUUUUCAUUGCCAGAUCAUUGCGGAACGUAAUACCCCGAGCGAGCGUCUUACAGAUUAGAUUGGUCUCUUUGUUGAGCGAAAUGGAAUCUAUGGACGCGCGUCUCGUGGCGCAAGCGUUGAACUACCAUGGCCAACAGUUGCAGAAAGUAUGGGAAGGAGAACGCAACGAAAAUGAGCUGGUCAUGCUCAAUCUCAAGGAUCCUAGCUUUGAGAUAUAUCAACAGCGCCAAAAGACUCUCAGCUUUGGGGACAGAGGCAAACGCCUGAAGCUUCAACAAUUCCUUGCUAAAAAAGCUGAUGCCCUAUACGAUAAAGCAAACUUGGAGAAAUCUACAGACUGCAUUAAACAAGAACUUGGAGAUGAAGAAUUUUAUGCUACAGUACCAGCACUUGAUACUUUUGUCACCAUGGAAAAAUCUCAGCGCAUUCGCAAUUUUUUGGAGAGUUUGGUAGUUGGGGAUGUAAUUUACGCGCAAGUGAUGGGUAAAAGCGCCGCAGGUCUGCUUCUGAAGGUGCUUUGCAACUGCAGUGACUGUCCCAGAGUUGUUACUGAAUUAGGAGUUAAGGCACUGAUAUUAAAUACGGCCACUGUGCCGGCGGUGGACAAGAAAGGUGUAACAAGGGGCUACAUGGCAAAUGAUCUCGUCUGCGUCGUAGUCAGUGAAGUUAACGUUGAAGCCGAGCGUGUUGUUGCAGUUAUGAACAUAUCUGCUCGGGAAGGGCAAGCGCCGCACCCACCUAUGGGACUUAUUCAUUCCGAUGAUCUUCCGGAAGCCUAUAAGAAAGCGAUGGACAACAAAGGCCAGACUUAUGAAACGCUGUUGGAGAAUAGUACUGGCUUCAACAAUCCGAACAACAUAAAAUAUCUGUGCGACUUGAUCGGCCUCGGACAAGAGAAUCAUUCAAAUAUGGUUGGAUUGAGAGAGAGGUUUCCACCGAAUGAGUACGCCUCCGAAUUACGACAAGCGCAAGCAAGCAAAUGGGCGUUCCGAAGCGUUGCUGAGGGUAUAGAUCAUUUCAAGGCCGGUCGUCAUUCCGAAGCUUUCCAGUGCCUCAACAAAGCACUCACCGUUGAUCCUCGGAAUGUUGAAGGCUUAGUCGCUCGAGGAGCAUUAUAUGCAAAUAGUGGAAGCUUCAAGAAAGCGAUUGACGACUUUGAAACAGCCUUGAAAUUAAAUCAAACACAUGCAAAUGCUCGUAAGUAUAUGGCGGAAACGUUGGUGGCGCUCGGUCGUAGUUACGAGGACGAGAAGAAAUACGAAGACGCUCAAAAGGCGUAUGAGAAUUGCUUGGCGAUCGCACCGUAUCAUGAGGAAGCGCGAAAUUCCAUCGAGUACAUAAAGUCUAAGACUCUUACAGCAUCACUGAAUCCUUUGGAUACCUUUAAGAGCUUCGAAGCCGAAAAUGACGUUGUAGAGAACAAGAAAGAUAAAAAGAAACGCAAAAAAGAGCGAAAAUCUAGAUCAAAAAAGAGACAGAGAUGGAGUUCCAGCUCGAGUUCUUCGUCCAGCGGUUCUUCGAGUUCUUCAAGUUCGGACUCGAGCAGCUCGUCGUCAUCCGGAAGCUCUCGUUCAGCGUCCCGUUCGCCGAACCGUAAGCGCAAGCACAAGAAAGAUCAUCGCAGUUCGCUUUCACCGCUUAGCAAGCGUAUGGCUCAAUAUAAUAAUCCUCCGGCUGCAGCUGCCACUACUCAUGAUACUAUCGCUCCAGCCUCUUAUACUGCAAAUACGCGCGAAAAAGUUGAUGACUAUGAAACUAAAGUACGCAAGUUUCUUGAGCAGACCAAGGACGAUUCCGAUUACGAAGAUAAGGUGAGAAAAUUCUUGGAAGAGACAGCGAGAUGGAAGAGAGAAAGGGAAAAAGAAAAGAAACAUUCUGAGAGCGAAAAAAUGAAGAAAAAGAAGAAGAAAGAGAAGAAAGGGAAAGAUAAAGAGAAGGAGGAUAAGAAGAGUCGAAAGAAAAAGAAGAAGGAAGAACGGAAAAAGCGUAAAAACAAGGAUAAACUUGAACGAGAUUUAGAAGCGUUGAAAAAGUCAUCUUUGCCAGAUUUGGAACAAUUAGAGUCCAAACUUAAUGCUUAUUAUGCGAAGGUUGAGAAAGACUGUGCGGCGCUAAAAAGGUAUGUAGCACAGUAUAAUGACAUACCUUCCCCUCUUAGCAACGCGGAGAAGCUCGCUGAGAGUUCACGGAGGGAGGAAGAGCUGCGCAGAGAGAGGGAUAUAUAUAUAUAUAUAAAAUAUUAACACGUUUGCUACCACGCUGAUAGCGAACGUGUUCGUACAGUAAUACAACAAUAUAAUAAAAUCUCGCUAUAAUUGUUUGUCAUAGAAAUACAGAGAAAGCCACUAACAGACAUAUUUGAACAAGAGUCCCAGUUGAUUCAUCCAGAACCGAAGCUGCCUACGUUAGACACCGCUGCAUUGAAUGCAAAAUGGAAAGCUGCACAAGCUGCUAGACAAAAGGACGUUCCUCCGCAAAAAUGGCAAGACGUUCCACCGGAAAACAAGAAGAUGCAAUCUAAUGUUUUUGUGGAUAGUGAUGAGGACGAUGAUAACGAAAUGGAAGAAAGAAUUCAACGCGCGGCUCUCGAAAAGUCUUUAAAUAUACGGAAGCAGAUGCAACGUGAACUUGCCGAGAAAAGGGCGCCGCCGCCGCAGCCUGCACCAACGCCUCCGCCGCCAUUGCCUAAAGAGCCUCCGAUACCAAAACAAGCGCCUGUCAAGUAUCCUACGCCGCAACCGCAGAACAAAUUCCAAUCAUACAAAGAUCCCGUUAUGUCUAUCUCGCAAACGACACCAACCAAAUUCGGCUCUAGCAACAAUUUGGGAGGCAAGUUUCAGCCGAUUGGUCAAAACAGCGGAGCCGGGCAUCCACCCGAACCACCGCGCCCUCCGCCACCAGCGAAGAACCAGAAUCAAGCCAAAGGGCCGAGAACAGAUUCCGAUAGCGAGGCCGAGCGAGGUCAACAUCGACAGACUCCGAAGAAACGUGAAUCAAGCGGUAGAGGCGGCGUGAGCAAGCGUAUGAGUAGAGACCGUCCAACGAAACGAUCGCGCAGUCGAUCUCGCAGCGCAUCCAGUUCGGGCUCAUCAAGAUCACGAUCGCCGAGGCGAAGCCGUUCACGAUCAUACUCGAAUCGACGAUCAGGCAGUUAUGAGAGAAAGUACAGCAGAUCUCCCUCGGGUACGUACAGCAGAUCGCGAUCACGAUCACGAACUAGAUCGUAUACGAGGAGUCGCAGCCGCAGUAGGUCAGGUGACCGAGGUUACUACCGCAAGAGACAAUUUCGGCCGUACAACAAUCGCGGCACGUAUUACAAGCCACGCUUCCAAGGCUUCAACAAUCCGAAUCACCGCGGCGGCGGUAACAAUUUCCAAAACCGGAAUCGUUUCUACAACAAUCAGCACAACAAUCGUUUCGGCAAUCGUCGCGGUGGUGGCUUUAAUAAUCGUGGCGGCCGUGGCGGUCGCGGUAACCGUGGUGGCAGAUUCUUCCACAACAAACAAAAUUUCCGUGACUUCCGCGAUAGGAGGGACUUUAGGGAUCGCCGUGCAUCAUCGCGCGAUCGAUACAGCGAUCGCAGCUACUCGCCCGAUCCGAUGAGGAAGGUGGACGAAGCGAAGGAGAAAAUCAACAAGAUGCUCGAGGGUGGCGACGACGUCGAACAUCAGCAGGGUGGCAGCGGUGGCUCGACCGUACCACCUAAUAAGAGGCAAGCCGGGCCCUUGAGCGAAGGAGAAGAGAGGGACGAUGAUGACUAUGAGAGGUGGGGAGAGGGAGAGGGGGGCGAUGCAGCUAACACCAAGAAUGAAGGGGUUGAACCUGUCGACGGUAACCUGGAAGGCAAGGAGUACUUCAUUGAGCGCAUGAAACAGCGAAGCAAGAACGUUUUAAUGCAGAGAGCCAUUGCAGCUAAGAUUUGGUAGAUAUUGCCGCCGCCGUCGCUGCUUCUCUGUGAUAUAAUCGCUUUCUUCAAGUCGCUCUUAGUUAAUUAGGUAGUUGACACGAUUGACACGAGGCAUAUUGAGACACUUUCCUAGUUUUAAUAACGAUCACUCUAUCUCUUUUGUUAUCACAAACUGUCAUAACCGUAUCUCUGACAAACUCGAUAAUUCCAUUUUUUAUUUUAAUUUCGUUCCAAGUCUGAACGCGAAUUAGAUUUAAAAAACUUAAAUCUAACUUACAUAAUUAAUCGAAUAUCAAUGUAAUCAAUUAUGGCUACUAUACAGGUGAUUUUCAUAAAUGGAGUUUUAUCGAUACUUUAGGAAAUAUAAUUUUGUCCUGAUAAUUUUAUGGAUUUUAAAAAUAAGUUUAUCUCAACAUGAAUCAAGAGAAAUUUCUUUUAUAUUUAUCCAAUAUAUUACUAUUUACUCUGUGUGUAGCGUAAUAAUAAUAAUUAGAUUUUUUGUUAUAAAAAAAAUUCAUUAACAUGCAAUAAUUAAUGUAUAAAAUUGUAAAAACAUUAUAUCACUGGCGAGUGGCUUUUCAUUAUCAUUCGUUAUCAGAAACGGAAGUCAAUUUUCAUUUAAUUAUUAUCUAAUGACGUAUUUAUUUUGUACGAUAAGGGGAAACAUUCGUAGUUACAUUGGAGCAAGCACGAUUAAUCAAAGCGGAAGACCAUAAUUUCUAUUUCGAGAAUUUCUCAAAUCUAACGUGCCACUAUAGCUCGUGUAUUCGAAUAUGCCUAACAAUAAAACUUCCGUUUCGCUUGAUCCUAAUAAUUAUAAGAAUUAAAUUACACAGCAACAUAAUAGUAUCCCCAAAUUGAACAUCUUUCAUUCCCAAUAGAGGAAAAAAAAACACGAAUACGUUAUUAAUCUCUUUUACGAUUAUUUAGUUUAAGCUAUAAUAUACGAAUAAUUUUAAAGUAACAUAAUACCUAUAUGUUGUAUGUGAACCGAGUUGCUGUACAAUUGAAAAAUCCACAAAUAUAUAACGCAAAACCACCGCAA